AUGGAGAAUUUAUCAUCUAGUUCAGGAUCGAUUAGUUCUAGUCCCUCAUUAAGUAAUACUACUGCUUCAUUGGAUCAAGACAAGAUUCAAAAGAUCAUUGUCAACUAUCAAAAGUUAAAGAAUCAGAAUGCUCUACUUAAAAAGGCUAUCAUUCAAGAACAACAAAAGAAUUCAGACCUGGACAAGGAUAUAAAGUCAAAGGAACAAGCACUUGUUACUUCUAUGCAAGAACAUGAUAUAUUAGAAUUUAAUAAUCAGAGACUAACAAAGAGAAUACAAACUAUUCAAGAUGAAAUGAAUAGUCCAUCGGCUAAAAAGGAUAGUGGAGGAUCAUGGUUCUUUAACAAUUCCAAGAUUGAGUUACAAAAGAAAGAAGAUGAAAUCAAUUUAUUAAGAAUAGAACUUCAAGAAAGAAUAGAUGACAAUGCAAACCUUCACACAGUGACCAAUGACAAAGAGGCAGCAUUUAAACAAAUGGAAGCAAGUCUAAGAUUGGAGUUGUCAGAAAAGGAUAAAUCAUUAACUGAAAAGGACAAUAAGAUUAAUCAUCUUGGAGAACUUCAAAAGCAAAAUGAACAAAAUUUAAUUGACCAAACUCAGUCACUCAGGAGUAACAUUGGAAACCUUCAAUCUGAUUUAAAAAGAACAUUAUCAAGCAUUAAAUUGAGAGAUGAUGUAAUGGAACAACUGAAUGAACUUUUAGCUCAUGCCAUUGAUAAUAGUCCUUCAAUAACAAUCAACUAUCCAUUAGAAAAUAUUACACCAUCAAACGAAAGAAUCAGCAUAGAAUCUAUCAUCUUUGAUAAAGAUUUUUCACUAGAUCCAGAUUCCAAAACUAUAGAACAACUUUCUAAUCAGAAUACAUGGAAGCCAUCAAUCAGACAAACCAUCCAACUUAUACAGUCCAUUUUCUCCAAUAACCUCCAACAGAUUUCUUCCAUUAUAUCAUCUCAUACCGAUUCUGUGAGAAAACUAGAACAAAGCCAACAUCAAGAUAAACAAUCUUUAAAUGAAAAAAUGAAUCAAUUAUCACUUUUAAAUGAGGAAAAUCAAUUUACGUUGAAUAGUCUCAAAGAAGAAAUAACUCACAAGGAUCAAACCAAUCUCACUCUUACAAGAAACCUAAGUGAUCAAAAAGAUAUUCUUGAACAAUUGGUAGGACAAUCCGAUUCGAACAAGGAAUAUGAAAAUCAAGUUGUUAAACAUCAAGAGAAUUUCAAAGCAAUGAAAGAGAAAUUGGAAAAGGAAUUAGAGGAUUCACGUAACAAUAGCAAGAAUGAGAUUAAACAAUUGGCAGAUCAACAUCAAGGUCUAUUAAAACAUCAAAAACAGUUGUUAAAUAACAAGAUCGAUGAACAAAAGAAUAUCAUUUCCCAACAUGAAAAGAAAAUAUCUCUCUUGGAACAACAGCAACAACAAAUAAUUAAUCAACAAAAGUUACAAGAAUCAACUCUUGUUAAUUUGGAUGAUUUCUCUCUUCCUACCUCUUCUGUGCCAUUAAAUAAUAUUAGUGAAAAUGAAUCACAAACAACAUCAAAUAAUUUGAUAGAUUUACUAUUUUUAGAUACAAUCAACGAUAAUAAUAAUAAUAAUAAUAAUAAUAAUAAUAAUAAUAAUAAUAAUAAUAAUAAUAAUAAUGAGAAUAAUGAUAAUAAUAGUAAUAUGGAAACAGUAGAUACUCCACAACAAGACAAAACAGAAUUAUCACCAAAAUUACAAGAAACGAGUCAAGAAGAUGGAGUGGUUCAAAACAACACAGGUAGUUCAAUUAUACCCUCUGGUAGAUUUAAACUUACAGUAUUGGACGAAACAGGAGAGCUAUCAGAUACUCUCAAUUUAACUUUUGAAGACAAGGAAAGAGAAAAGGAGAUGAGAAAUUACUAUGAAUCAAAGAUUACACAGCUUUUGAACAAAAUAUCAAACAUUGAUGCCAAGGCGAUGAGGUAUUAUGAUCAGUUUAAUCAACUAGCCAAAAAAGGACAAAACGACGAAGCAAUGCAAAAAGAAAUUGAAAAGUAUCGUCAGGAAGCGCGCAACACCAAGGAGGAAUUGGAAAUCACUCGAACAAACUAUGAUCAACAAAUGAAACUCCUCACAGAACAAUACAUCUCACUCAACGAAUCAAUUUCUGCCCUUGACACUGACCUAAUUAAAAUCAAACAACACAAGGUGGUAUGUGCAAAAUGCAAAGCUUGGAAUCCUCUCGAUCAUAUCUUUUCACCUGAUAACCACAACUUAAUUUGUCUCAAAGGCAAUCAUCCAAUUCAAACCAUUGUUCCUUAA